AUGAUCCCCAGUAACGACUCAACGAAUUUGUCUGGGUCCCCAUUGCCUCCCCUGUUCAGACUACCGGAUGUAGUACAGGAUGAUGGGCAGUUGGAUAUGCUUUUGUUUGAGAACGUUCUCGAUGAUGCUAGCACCUUGGUGCAUGGCUUGGCUACAUUUGAUGUCUUGGGAAAUGAUGGAAUUCUGCAACUUUCAGCCCAGAGUACGCCAGAUGGGGCACAUUUGAAGCCCUUCCACUCGGAUAUUAUUCUCAAUGAGGCAAACAGCGACAAUCAUCUUUUUAAUGAAGCCCAGCUUCAGGACUAUCUUCGUUAUGGUACAGAUCUUGACCGAAAGCCCGAGGGAAGUCAAUUCUGGGAAAACAUCAACGAACAUAUCCGUGAUCCUAUGCUCAACGAACCACGAAACAAGCCAAGUAAUGAGGAACUUGUUGAGCGUGUCAACGAGACGUAUAACCUCUCAGCUGAGGAACUCGAAUACUUCCGUGCUGUAUCUUGCAAGGAGCUUUUCUUGUUUAUAUAUCCGUUCGCGCCAACCACCAAGGAUAACGAGAUUAUGCAUGUUCUUCUCGAAUAUCUGUUGAUGUUCAAGUAUUUGGUUUAUGCAAUCAUAGCUCUCGGAGCCUCAUGCUUAUUCACAAUCACUAAAAACCCCAAGCAUGAUAGAAAUCAGAAACGUUCCUCAGCAAUUUGCAUGAAAUUGUUGGUGCAAGCCUUCACCGAUUUAAAAAAUAACGAGAACUCCCUCAGACACAUAGAAGGACUUAUAUUGACGGUUCUCAUCCUUACAGUGCUAUUCUGUGACAUAAGUCUCGUCGACGCAACUUCAGUCCCCGUUUCGUGGAUCUCUCACCUCAACAAAGCUAGAUCACUCUUGAUCAAGUACAAGCUAGUCAAGCAACAGGCAAACAUCACCAAACCCGACUCCCUAGGGAUCACAAUUGCAAAACUUUUAUUCUUUUUAUUCGAUUACAUCUCGAAAUUGGGAAUGCUGAACUCGCAGAUCACAAAGGGCAGUAUAAGAGAUCUUCACCUUUUGAUUGACAUCACAAAUACAGAAGGCCGUGAAGCUUUUGUCCAACAGCAAACACUUCGUAAAUUAGGUGUGCUUAUUCCACCGUCAUCAACUCAUUCGGGUUUCAAUCUUUUCCUGACUUUAACAAAUGAGGCAUCUCAAUGCAUGUUCAAGCUUCUAGACAUAAUAGCAGGAGUCAACGAGAGUGAGCUGAAACAGGCCAGCCCGGAGGAGAUUGGAGAACUACUUUCACGAGUUAACAUCGUUGCUCAGCAACGUAUUAUACCAGGACUAAGUGCCGAGGACCAGUUUCUAAUUCCUCGUGAUCAUCCAGCACAUCCUGAUUUUACUGACAUGGCACGCAAAAUAUACUUGCCCAGAAGUGCGUAUGCUAAAGACACUGAUGAUCUCAAUGAUGUCAAGCAUUACUCUUAUUGUGAUGUCGCUUUGAGGUCUCAGUUUUUGGUUCUCAACCUUAAAGUGUACACAUCUCCAGGUAUUUUACAUCUACCUAGAAGUCAUCCAAUGAUCAAACGUCUUGUGGAACAGACCAUGAAACUCAUGUUUUUCUUGAAACUCAAGUCAGAUCCCAGCUACGACAGAAAUUUAGUGGUGGCAGAGCUGGAGCACUACUGGCUCUCCAAAUCCCUUUUUGAUUUUAGGGCAAUCAUGAUACAGUUACCCUUUCGGGUCACGAUUGACCUUACGGAUAGCGAGGACGAUUUCGAGAAAUUGGAUUUAUUUUUCAGAGGUCUUGUAAAAUUUGGUGGAGGAAGCGGCAUAGAGGCAGUGUCCAGAGCCAGAAAAAAUAGAGAGGCUGCCAGGAAGAGAAAAUCUAGUGAAAAGAAUACAAAUAGUCUGGACGAUAUGGAAUACCUGGCUACGCUCUUUCCUAUAUACUGA